GAAGUUGGUGAACCAUCAAAAGAAGAGAAGGCUGUAGCCAAGUAUCUUCGAUUCAACUGUCCAACAAAGUCCACCAAUAUGAUGGGCCAUCGGGUCGAUUAUUUUAUUGCUUCAAAAGCAGUGGAUUGCCUCUUGGAUUCAAAAUGGGCAAAGGCCAAGAAAGGAGAGGAAGCUUUAUUUACAACCAGGGAGUCUGUGGUUGAAUACUGCAACAGGCUUUUAAAGAAACAGUUUUUUCAUCGAGCCCUAAAAGUAAUGAAAAUGAAGUAUGAUAAAGACAUAAAAAAAGAAAAAGAUAAAGGAAAAUCUGAAAGUGGGAAAGAAGAUGAUAAAAAGAGCAAGAAAGAAACUGUAAAAGAAGAAAAGACAAAAAAGGAAAAAGAAAAAAAGAAAGAUGGUGAAAAGGAAGAGUCCAAAAAGGAGGAAACACCAGGAACUCCAAAAAAGAAGGAAACUAAGAAAAAAUUCAAACUUGAGCCACAUGAUGAUCAAGUUUUUCUGGAUGGAAAUGAGGUUUAUGUGUGGAUCUAUGACCCAGUUCACAUUAAAACAUUUGUCAUGGGAUUAAUUCUUGUUAUUGCAGUAAUAGCAGCCACCCUCUUCCCUCUCUGGCCAGCAGAAAUGAGAGUAGGUGUAUAUUACCUCAGUGUGGGCGCAGGCUGUUUUGUAGCCAGCAUUCUUCUCCUUGCUAUUGCUCGCUGUAUUCUGUUCCUCAUCAUCUGGCUGAUAACUGGAGGAAGGCACCACUUCUGGUUCUUGCCAAACCUGACUGCUGAUGUGGGCUUCAUCGACUCCUUCAGGCCUCUGUACACACAUGAAUACAAAGGACCAAAAGCAGACUUAAAGAAAGACGAGAGAUCGGAAACCAAAAAGCAGCACAAGUCUGACAGUGAGGAAAAAUCAGACAGUGAGAAAAAGGAAGAUGAAGAAGAGAAAGCAUCAGGAAAUCAUGGAACAGACGGCUCAGGUGGAGAGCGACACUCAGACACAGACAGUGACAGGAGGGAAGAUGACCGAUCCCAACACAGUAGUGGAAAUGGGAAUGAUUUUGAAAUGAUCACAAAAGAGGAACUGGAACAGCAGACAGAUGGAGAUUGUGAUGAGGAAGAUGAUGACAAAGAUGGAGAAAUGCCUAAAUCUGCACAUGAAAAAUUAUAAUCUGACUAAUUUGGGGACUGAAUAAGUGCAGCAGGUUGGGUUUUCUAUGUUGGGUGAUCAUCAUAAUGUACACGUGACAUUUGUAGCAUUCUUUAAUCCAUUUUCUGAAAUGUAUUUGACAUUCAAUUACAGUCAGCCUUUUGUUUUGUAGAACAUUGGUACUAUUGGCACAGUCUAAAGCCAUUAAUAACUUUAUCCAUCUGAUAAUUUUACAGUAAGUAGGCCUCAGUUUUGAUAGUCAUCAAAGAAACAUUGUCCACCGUGACAUUUAGAUUAAGGGCAUUUUUAAUAGUUGUAUGGCUUUUUACUGUUAGACUAAUGGAAAUCACUAAAGAAACUGUAGCAUUUCAAAUUAUGCAUAAGUAUAUAGCCAUUUUGCAGUUUCUUUAUGAUGAAAUACUUAAACUCAUUGUUCUUGGUAGAUAUGCUUUUGUUUUUCUCAUAAAAUUAUACCAGAAAAUUUCUUCUUUUUAAGAUUUUUGAGUUAGCAGGGAUCAAAAGCAUUUUGUGGAAACAAACCAGCUAGUAACAGUGCAGCAACACUUUUAAUUUAGCUACAAAUUCUCCUUUUCCAACUUAGGAAAUCCAAACUGAAUUGUACAUUCAAUACAGAGAAAGGUGGUCAUCUCCAACAGAAAGUGAAGAGCACUGAUUGUGAGGACUCUUCCUUCAUCCCCAUCUCCUUGUCAUAACAUAAAAUGUAUUCUGUACAUAAUUUACAAAUAAAACAUUUUAUUUUAAUUGUUACUUAUUAUUUAGACAUUUCUCAACACUUAAAUUUGUAAAACAAAAACCAUGUAAGGGUAUGUUUUUAGAGAGUUUCAGUAACCCACAGAACAUUUGAUCUUCCUACAGCAGCUUCAGUUUUGUGCCAACAUUCCAUAUAUUUUAAUGAGUAAAAAUUAUACUUAUUUUAAGUAAGAACAGACAUAAAGUAGCUGUUUGUACGCCUUAAUGUUCAUUUUGACUUAUUUUAAAUCUUUACAUUUAGAAAUGGGGACUAUGUUAUCAGACCAGAAGGCACUGCUGUCAAAGAAAAUUUGCUGUUCUAAAAUACCAAUUAAAAAUAAAGGAUAUAAAAGAAAACAUAGAAAA